AUGAGCCGUGGACAAGAUGCCGUUGUUCAUAUCCGAGAAGAGCGUGCAGUUGUUGGAGGCGUUCAAGUUGCAAAGAAAACGGUGAUAGCUGCCACGGAUGGAGGGUGAGAUGCGAUGCCACCUGAAUUCUUUAAUUUAUAUUGCAGAACGCGAUCGACAGCCCAGUAGAUACCGCAGUUGAAGUGGCAAAUCGAAACGUUCAGAAUGUUUAAGAACUGGAUCAGAAAGAAUACUUCUUUUAGAGAAUACUAUGCAAGUGUUGUGUUGUUAAGUACAAGUGCUUAAUAGUCACCAGAUAGAAAGAAGCUGCAGGGACAAUACUGUAAGCCUUGCAGCAAAUACAUUCAUAAAUCUCCGCGAUAUGGGAAGUUGUUUAUUGGACCAGGGCGGAAGUAAUAUAUUGCGUUUUCAUUCAGUGAUACGUUCUCCUCUGAGUGAAUGUAUAACUAAUCACUAAAUUUGUAAUGCUUAUAACUAAUUAGUCGAUCUUCAUAUUUUGGAAAGGAUAAAUGAGCGGAAAUAAAAUUCAUUUGCGUUAUUUAGCCAGUGCCGAUUAGUACGACAGCCUUUAGCGCUUCCGAGAAAAAUGGUCUGUCGAAAGGCAUUCGUAUGAUAAAUAAAACUGUUUAUAUACGUUCGGAACCGUGAAAACUAACAGCGUGUUUAAGAACGACACACAGUUUUUUGAAUUGAAAAUCAAAAUAAAUAAUCAUGUAGUGGCAGUGUUUAACCUCAACACAUUCCUUACACGGAAUAGGGAACUUUCACUUUCGAUAUCAUAUCUGUUCCACAUUGUUACCUUUUCCCGGAAUCAAUUGGCAAAGAAAACAAAAAGCACUUUAUUUCAGUGUCAAUGAAUUCAGCACGAAAGUACCAAUUGGGGACACUAUUUUUACGUCUCCAACUGGAGACGGGACAGCCAAUUUAUGUGGUCAUCCGAGCCACACGAAGGUCUAGUCGCUUGCAGUGCAAAGGGAGUACCUUCAUUUCUCAGUUAUUUUAAGACCCUGAGUUUUGGUCCGGCCCCGGACCUCCCGCUCUGCAGUAACACGCUCUACUGACUGAGCUAACACUGCCGCGGUUAAAAACAUUCCUUAAAACAAUAAGGUUGCCAGUAAUGUUCAAGAAUCAUUAGGUUGGUUAUUAAAUGAGGAAUGAAAUCCUCUUUGCUGUACAACAAAUCGAAAGAAAAAUACACGAGGUAAUUAAGACAAUGAAUCAACUUGUUUCAAGAUAAUUUUCCAAGUGAAUGUUCAGUGACCGGAGUCAGUGGAGUAACCCUUAACGGCGAGCACCGUACUAUUGAUUGUAGAAAAGAGAAGACUCAUCGCAAGAAAGAAAAGAUUAACUUACUCACUUUUAUCAUGGAUUAGGCUCUUUCUCAGGGGUCGACCCUCAAUUCUUUGUCAUGCAGUAUUUUCAAUUUCCUCUUCUUUAACAGCCGGCAGGCUAUAGGAGCACAUGAACUGCCAGGUAUAUUUUCUUGUCUUUCUCUUUCGGGAUCCUUUUGUUUUGAUUCUAAAGAUGAUGCGUGCCUAUUCAAAGUCAGCAUCUUUCAUAUUCAUAAAUCUGUAUUCUUCUUCUUAAACUACCCGUUCAAAACUGGCCAUCAAAGAACGUCAGGAGUAGGGUUCAUGUAAUAUAUCAAACAUGAGAUGCAGUGUUUCAUCACCAGAUGAAACACCGAGAAGAGAGUUGAAAAUACGACGCGCAGCGGAGUAUUUUUGACGAACUUAGAGGUGUUUCAUCUGGUGAUGAAACACUGUGUCGAAUGUUUGAUAUUUCUUCUCAGACAAAAUCAUUUUAGAAGGAGAAAUUAAGGAUGCAAAAAUGAGCAGUUUUUCAUCUGAUAUCCAAACACUCAUUAAACAUCAAUUUCGUUUGAAUUUUCUUUAUGAAUUAUUAAUGAGUUUGAGAAGUGGCCUUCACUGUCGUUCUUGUUUCGAACAGUACGUAAUAAUCAAAUCGCUGAUGUAAGCGACCAACUCCGAUCCCUUGGGAGAAUUUCUUGUCGUAUCAAAAGGCUUGACUCUUUCUGUUGCGUUUUCUUCUUUGAGUUGUUGUUGUUAUUGUUCAGUUAUCGCUUUUUAUGACUCUCAAUAACUUCUUUUUGUCUGCAAACCUCAAGCCAUGAUUCUGCAGAACUGGUGUUGUAAACGUUCGCUUUUGAUUCAUUCACUUUGGCAAACCGCAGCACCCUCUAAGGCGGGAAAACUAAUAGGCCAUUUCCGAGUUCCCCCGAGUCUCUGUACCAAAACGAGGUUAAGUGCUCAGCCUUUGAUAUGGAAAUGAUUUUCAUUCUCAUGCAAAUAAAACUCAUGUUCAUGAAAGAGGCUGUGCACUUGGCCUCAUUUUGAAGGUGAUACGAUUUAUAUUUUUCACGAAUGAGAAAACUGCGUGACCAAUACUUAACAAUCAAAUUGUCUCUAAUUUAACAAACCAUUUUCACUGUCAUCUUUGUUUAGAGUAAAUCUCAGUUACUCAUACAUUUGAAAAGGUAAAUAUGCAUUAUUUUUUCUUCAUUGUUAAUAGUUUUCUGGCUUAUCAGGUGAACUCCGUUCAAGCAGCUGGAAGGUAAGAAUAUGAAUUUGUGAUAAAGCAAAUUAAUAUUUACAUUAACUGUCGGCAUAGCAGGCGCAAGAAAAACAUAUAAUAAUAUUCAUAAUUUUAUAAAUGUUCUAAUCAAAGCUGAUAGGACUCGAUUCUUGUUAUUUUUGCCACAGAAAGAGACUGUCCCGAAGUUAUUGGUAACUAAAGAUAUUUUCAGAGUCGACAUAUUAAUAAAUAAUAGGUGAAAAAUCCUUAGGACGAACACAACUCCCAAAAACUACUCGACAGUUGGCUUUCCUUGCCCAAGACCAUGGGUAAAUUCUCCAUGGUGUUAAGGAAACAAGUGCUUUGAUAUGACUUAGGAUCUAUAGUGACUAUUUUGACUUGCAAUUACUUCCAUUCCACAAGGUUUAUAUUUUCGGGGCGGGAUGCGUUACCGUCUCAUUAUCUGUUUAGCGCGCAUGCUCAUCACCUCAAUGUGCUUCUUAAUAUCUGGAUAGCACAAGAAAUCUUAAUAGAAAAUACAUAAACUCAUAUUUGAUUAUCUUUACAGCGGAUCUGGCAACAACAACCCGAGUAUAGGGUAUCCUGGCCACGCCCAACGGGCACCAUUACCCAGCUACCCUCAACAGGGAGGAUAUCCUACCUCUAGGCCAGUGGUGAUCGCUGAUCCACCUGAGCGUGACUGCAGCUACCACUGUUUUGCUUGUGACGGUGAAUACGUAUGGUACGAUCUCAGGGGAAAAGGUAAAACGCUUCUCUGCUAUGUGCCUAAGACCAACCUUGAGCCAUUGUUUUGAUGUUCCUUUUGUAGUAAUGUUAAAGGGUUUAGAAGUUUCUAUUUUAAGGGUAUAAUGGCUUAUCUCAACAUAUCUUGAACAAGAACAAACUGAUAAACAAACAAAUAUUACAGUAGACUUGAUCAGAUUUUCUUCAGAAGUGACAUUUUAAACCAAUAUUUCUGUGUAUUGCAUACAAAAGGGCCUUAUCUAUCGUCCUGAUACUCUAAGGUAUUUUAACAGUAAGGAAGUGACAAGGAAGGAUUGAGGAAUUCUUACUUUAAGAUCCAGACGUUCAACGUUUUAGUUCCACAGACGAUCAAUGUUAUAAGAUUAAACGUUAAUUUCGAUUAAUUGUAAAGCGAUGACUUAAAAACGUUCCUUGAUAUCACGCUUUUAUCAUUACAAACGAUCAACACAUUUGAGGGUUUUUCAAUCUUUUUUUUUUCCUUUUUUUUACCCACAGCAUCACACUUGCCGUUAGUUAGAUUUUAUGGUGCAUAAAUAAACGGUGUCUGUCUGUCUGUCCGACAUGAUCCAUCCGUCAAACUGUCUGAUGUCUGUCUACCUUUCUUUUUGUCUGUCCAUGUGUUUGCAUUUUCUUACUCUCUGUCUGUCUGUCUGUUUCUCUUUCUGUUUGUUGUCUUGUGAGUAGUCUGUCUGGCUGUUUGCCUGUAUGCCCGUCUGUAAGUAAGUAGACUAGAUAUAUAAGUAUAUUUGAGGGAGGGAUGGGGGCCGUUCAGGGACGUUAAGUACUAGCGAAAAAAUGUGAGACCAAAGAAUGCCUGGCACCCUUUUCAUAUGUUUCGCCCUUAUUUCCAUCUCAUAGUAAUAAUCUAAUCAAUUACUCUAAGACGUACUUUAUAUUCCAUGUAAUGAGGUAAAAGUGUGUUCAAGUAUAGAGCUUUACCUUAUCAUUAAGACCACGAAAUGUUUCGCGCACGGUUAAUUUCUCCUUCUUCUCACAUUUCUUUACCCCGUCCCCUCAAUCUAAACACCUGGAACAGGAUUUUAGCUCUGCAUUUAAAGAUGCUUAGUCUAAGAACUGCCUGAAAUCAAAGUAUUUUCUUUAUCAUUUUUCAGGUAUUUGUUGGGUGCUACUACUUCUGCUGUUCUGGCUUCUUGUGGGCGCUAUUGUGAUACCACUCAUCAUCCUGUACCUUGCAUUAGCUUGCUUGGCUGCUAUUUGUGGUGAUGACAAGUAA